GUUCAAGGCUUUAAACAAUAUGUUGAGCAAUAUACAAAACAUAAUUUUGAUAAUCAAGGAGAACCUUACAAGGUCGUUUAUGAACAAGCUAAUGAUCGGUGGGAGUUCGCAUUAACUGUUUCUGAAAAGGGUUUUCAACAAAUGUCUUUUGUCAAUAGUAUUGCAACUAUCAAGGGUGGUCGCCAUGUGGAUUAUAUAGUUGAUCAAGUUACGGCAAAACUUAUCGAUAUUAUUAAAAAAAAGACUGGUAAAAGCGGGAUCAAUGUUAAACCAUUCCAAGUCAAAAAUCACAUGUGGAUAUUUGUUAAUUGUCUCAUUGAAAAUCCAACUUUUGAUUCACAAACAAAAGAAACAAUGACUCUUCAGUCGAAAAGUUUUGGUUCAAAAUGUGAAUUAUCUGAGAAAUUUGUUUCAUCUGCCAUGAAAUGUGGUAUAGUUGAAGCAGUCAUGGCUUGGGUUCGAUUUAAACAGCAGGAAACAUUGGAUAAAAAGUGUUCGAGCAAAAAAACAAGCAAACUGAAGGGUGUGCCAAAACUUGAAGAUGCAAAUGAUGCGGGCACAAGAAAUUCAUCCCUUUGUACUUUGAUUCUAACUGAAGGAGAUUCAGCUAAAUCAUUAGCUAUUUCUGGACUCGGCGUUGUAGGUCGUGAUCGUUAUGGAGUAUUUCCUCUUCGAGGAAAAAUGCUUAAUGUACGAGAAGGUAACCACAAGCAGAUAAUGGAAAAUACGGAGAUAAAUGCUCUGAUAAAAAUCGUGGGACUUCAGUAUAAAUUGAAAUAUGAUAAAGAAGAAGAGAUGAAAACAUUACGCUAUGGAAAAAUUAUGGUGAUGGCCGAUCAGGAUCAAGACGGUUCGCAUAUUAAAGGUUUAGUUAUCAAUUUCAUACAUUACAACUGGCCUUCAUUAAUUCGACACAAUUUCGUGGAAGAGUUUAUAACCCCAAUUGUAAAGGCUACAAAGGGAUCUACCGAGUUAGCUUUCUUUUCAUUGCCUGAAUACAAUGAGUGGCGACAAAAUACUGAAAAUUGGAAAUCUUUUCGCAUUAAAUACUACAAAGGUUUGGGUACUUCCACAUCAAAAGAAGCCAAAGAAUAUUUCAGUGAUAUGGUACGACAUAGAAUUCGCUUUCGCUAUGGUGGUCGAGAAGAUGAUGAAUCUUUAGAUAUGGCAUUUAGUAAGAAAAAAAUCGAAGAUCGAAAGGCCUGGCUCACAAAUUGGAUGGCGGAAAGGAAGGAGCGUCGUGAACAAGGGUUAACAGAAGAAUAUUUAUAUGAUAAAGAUACUCGAGCAGUAACAUUUAAGGAUUUUGUUAACAAGGAAUUAGUUCUUUUCUCCAAUGCAGAUAACGAGCGCUCUAUUCCUAGCUUGGUUGAUGGAUUGAAGCCCGGUCAACGCAAAGUUUUGUUCACUUGUUUCAAACGGGCUGAUAAAAAGGAAGUGAAGGUCGCACAGCUGGCUGGUGCUGUUGGUGAAAUGUCAGCAUAUCAUCAUGGCGAACAGUCACUGAUGUCGACAAUUGUAAAUCUUGCUCAGGAUUACGUUGGCUCUAACAAUAUCAAUUUAUUAUUACCAAUCGGUCAGUUUGGAACUCGCCUUCAAGGAGGAAAAGAUAGUGCUAGUCCUCGUUAUAUUUUUACACAACUAAACCCAGUUACUAAAGCUCUUUUUCCUGCAGUCGAUGAAAAUGUUUUGCGUUUCUUGUAUUGUCCAGUAAUACCAACAGUUCUGGUCAAUGGCGCUGAAGGUAUUGGCACAGCGUGGUCUACGAAAAUUCCUAAUUAUAAUCCUCGUGAAAUUGCUGAAAAUAUUAGACAAAUGAUUCGUGGUGGAGAACCUAAACCACUGAUACCGUGGUUCAAAAAUUUUCGCGGUUCAAUUGAACAACUAGACGAACAACGUUUUGUAUGCAGUGGUGAAAUAGCCAUACUUAGCGAUAAUACCGUGGAGAUUACUGAAUUGCCUAUUCGAACAUGGACUCAGAAUUACAAAGAGAGUGUUUUAGAACCUAUGCUUGAGGGAAACGAGAAACAACCGGCUCUUAUACAAGACUUCAAGGAAUAUCACACUGAUACUACUGUCAAAUUUGUUGUAAAAAUGGAUUCCUCCAAAUUACGUGAAGCGGAAAUGGAGGGUCUUCACAAAUUUUUUAGAUUGCAAACAACAAUAAAUACAACUUCGAUGGUUCUUUUUGAUGCACUUGGUUGCUUACGCAGAUUUCGCAAUGUCGAAGAAAUUUGUCAAGAAUUUUUUAACACACGAAAAAUAAAAUAUAUCGAGCGGAAAGCUUUUCAAGAGGGAAUGUUAAGAGCCCAAUCAGAACGUCUAUCAAACCAAGCGAGGUUUAUCUUAGCUAAAAUAAAAGGAGAAAUUCAAAUCGAAAAUAAGCGUAAAGUUGCCAUUGUUGAGCAGCUUGUCAAACUAAAAUUCGAUCCUGAUCCGGUUAAAAAAUGGAAAGAGAUUCAGAAAAGAAAAGAAUUGGAAGCUAGUGGAGAAGUGGCAGAUGAAGAAGAAUCUGAUGAAGUAGAAGAUUCCGGACCAUCAUCUCCGUUAAAAAAAGAUUUGGAUAAAAAGCUAUCAGAUUAUGAUUAUUUGGUUGGUAUGGCUAUAUUGAAACUAUCAGAAGAAGAAAAAGAUAAACUGUUGCGUGAAAGUGAAUUCAAAUUGAAGGAACUAAGAGAUCUUGAAGCUACAUCGUGGGCUGAAUUAUGGCUUGCAGACCUUGACCAUUUCUUGGUCGAACUUGAUAAACAGGAAACCAGGGAAAAAGACGAUUCUGAUUUGCAAUUGAAAAAUGCAGCCAAAAAGUUAAAAAAUGGCCCUACCAAUAGUCGUAAGAAAAGCGGGAAUCUAGUUAUGGAGGUUCUUCCUGAUCCAAAUGGUUUGCGCAUUGUGCCGAAAAUUGAUGCAAUGAAAGAAAAAUAUGAGCAAAAGAAAGUCAUCGUUGAUGGGGAAUCUAAAGUUCGGAAGCCACGUGUUCCUAAAGAGGCUAAGGUACCAAAGCAAGCGAAAAAAGAAGUGGAUGGGUAUUUUUAA